UUUUAACCCAAAAAUUAACAAACAAACGCCAAAAAUUUAUUUUUUAAUUUUAUAAAGAGUAUGAUUUUAGACAUGCAAUAUAAUAAAAACGCGUAGUUGAAAAUAUUCUAAAAUUAAAUAAGUUUAAGGUAUCCGGAAGCAUUGAGGUAACUUUAGGAGUUGAUAAUGGAAAUGGAUCUCAAAGCUGAGCAAUGUGGAGAUGGUUACUUUGAAGAAAAUGAUCAUAAUACCACAGAGUCUGAUGAAAGUAGUGAUUUGGAUUUUGACAAAAAUGAAGAAGUAGAUGACAAAAAAGACAGUGAACAAUGCAGUGAUGGCUAUUUUGAAGAAAGUAUUCAGAAUUCAUCAGGAUUGGAUAUAUGUAGUGAUGAAGAUUCUGAUGAUAAAAGUAAACCCAACAAAAAAAUGCCAAAAAAAAGCAGAAAUAAAAAUGUUAAGAAAAAAAAAACUAAAUCAAACGACACUGUAAAGUGUGGUGACAUUUAUUGGUCUAAAGUCUAUAAUAGCUACUUGUAUACAUGUUCAAUGUGUCAUGCAAAUGGAUUUAAAACCUUAACUUAUCAUUAUAAGAAAUGUCACGCUUUAUUUAAUGAAUCACAAAAGAAUUCAUCAACAUCUCGUAAUAAAAGGAAAAACGAUGAUAACAUCAAAUGUAUCAAGACUGAAAUGAAUGAAGCUCAAAAGAUUGCGUUAGAACAGCUUAAAAGUUUACCCAGAGAAUUUGAAAAUAAAAAAAGGAAAACAGACAAGACAAAAAUUCAUAAUAGUAAAACACCUUUGUUGUGCAUAUAUUGUGGGAAAAAGUUUUCAAAUAUGGAAGAUCUUAAAUCACAUCAUACUCAACAUUCUGGACCAGAACCAUACAUAUGUAAACUUUGCGGUAGUACGUUCGCGGAAUAUGAUAAAAAGCAACAUCAUGAAAUGCAACAUGAAGAAAUUAAAGAAAAAGAAGACAAGCAUGUAAACUAAAUCUAAACGUAUUUUGUAUGAAUAAACAGAAAAGCAAAAAAGAAAUUUUGCAAGUCCAAAAAUUCAGUAAUAUUUUCAUCAACUGUAAAAUAGUUUUGUGUAUUAUUAAUAUAAAAGAAAACAGUUAGUAUAAAGAAACGUAAGUUGGUAUCAACUUAUAUUUACGCUUAAAUUUUUUUUACUAUAAAUAUUAAGGCAACUGGUUU